AUGGUUCAGACCAACGGCACCAACUUCCUCGACAGCCAGUCCGCUUUGGAGGAGCUCAAGAACUACUCCUGCAGGGAUGGUCUCUCCGCUACUGACUUGAUGGACUCUAAGCUCCACGGUGGUCUUACCUACAAUGACUUCCUCGUCCUUCCCGGUUUCAUCGACUUCCCGGCGAAUGCCGUUUCCCUUGAGUCCAAGUUCACCAAGAAGAUCAAGCUCCACGCUCCUUUCGUGUCCUCGCCCAUGGACACCGUCACUGAGACCGAGAUGGCUGUCAACAUGGCUCUUUUGGGUGGUAUCGGUGUUAUUCACCACAACUGCUCCGUCGAGGACCAGGCCGAGAUGGUCCGCAAGGUCAAGAAGUACGAGAACGGAUUCAUCACCGACCCCGUCGUUUUGUCUCCCAACCACACCGUCAAGGACGUCCGUCAGAUCAAGGAGAAUCAGGGCUUCUCCGGUAUCCCUAUUACUGACACCGGAAAGCUCCACGGCAAGCUUGUUGGUAUUGUUUCGUCCCGCGACAUCCAGUUCCACGGAACCGACUCUACUCCGCUUUCUGAGGUCAUGACCAAGGAGGUUGUUACCGGUAAGGAGGGUAUUACUCUCGAGGAGGCCAACCAGAUGCUCCGUCAGUCGAAGAAGGGUAAGCUCCCUGUCGUCGACAAGGAUGGCAACCUUCGCGCUCUCUUGUCCCGUUCCGACUUGAUGAAGAACCUCCACUUCCCCAACGCCUCUAAGGACCCCGAGACUAAGCAGCUCCUUGUGUCUGCUGCCAUCGGUACCCGCCCCGAUGACCGUGAGCGUCUCAGGAAGUUGGUCGAUGCUGGUCUCGACGUCGUUAUCCUUGACUCUUCCCAGGGUAACUCUGUCUUCCAGCUCGAGAUGGUCAAGUGGAUCAAGCAGGAGUUCAAGAAGCUCGAGGUUAUCGCCGGAAACGUCGUCACUCGUGAGCAGGCCGCUAACCUCAUCGCUGCUGGUGCUGACGGUCUCCGUAUCGGUAUGGGUUCUGGUGCCGCCUGUAUCACUCAGGAGGUUAUGGCCUGUGGUCGUCCUCAGGCUACCGCUGUCUUCAAUGUUUCUCAGUUCGCUGCCAAGUUCGGUGUUCCUUGCAUUGCUGACGGAGGUAUCUCAUCCAUUGGUGACGCUGUUAAGGCGCUCGCCAUGGGUGCUUCUACUGCCAUGAUGGGUCGUAUUCUUGCCGCUACCUCCGAGUCUCCCGGACAGACCGUUGUCCGUGACGGGAUCCGCCUCAAGGCUUACCGUGGUAUGGGUUCCUUGGCAGCCAUGGACCACCGUUCUUCCGCUUCCGCUGACAACGCUGGUCUCGCUCGUUACUUCUCUGAGGGUGACAAGGUCCGUGUUGCCCAGGGUGUCUCUGGUCUCGUUGCCGAGAAGGGAUCUCUGAGGGAAUUCUUGCCUUACUUCAUUGCUGGUCUUCAGCACUCUAUGCAGGACAUUGGUGUUAAGUCCUUGGACAUUCUCCGCGAGAAUGUUAUCAACGGCGUGAUCAGGUUUGAGUUGAGGUCUUCUGCUGCCCUUCGCGAGGGUGAUGUUCACGGUUUCUACUCUUACGAGAAGAAGCUCUACUAA